GGUGAGAGGUCAGGCGGGGUGAGAGGUCAGGCGGGGAGGCGAGGCCGGGGAGACGGACCCAGAGACAGCGAUGUCCUACUGCCGGCAGCAAGGCAAAGACAAGGUCAUUUUCGUCACUAAGGAGGACCAUGAAGCUCCCAGCAGCGCUGAGUUAAUAGCCGAUGAUCCCAAUGACCCUUACGAAGAACAUGGUCUGAUCCUGCCAAAUGGCGACAUCAACUGGAACUGUCCCUGCCUGGGAGGGAUGGCGAGUGGUCCCUGUGGGGAGCAGUUUAAGUCCGCCUUCUCCUGUUUCCACUAUAGCAAGGAAGAGGUGAAAGGCUCAGACUGCCUGGACCAGUUUCGAACAAUGCAGGAAUGCAUGCAGCACUACCCAGAGCUGUACCCACAGGACGAGGAGGUGGACGAGGAGGAGGAGGAGGAGAGCGACAAAGCGAAGAGCAAUCUCCCAGCGCAAGAAAUACCAGCCUCUGAGAGUCAGGGAUCCAGCUAAUUGGAGAAUGAUGGGGGUCCUCCUGUUCCCCCCAGUCCACCCUCCCUUCGCCCCCUCCACUUCCCCCAACCAUGUCUCCAAAUCUUUCGAGCCAGCAUCAAACAACAGAAAGAUGCAGCCAGCCUUUGUUACCCAAAUGUGUUAUUUUUGCAUGUGGAGGGGUUUCUUUUGAUGAUCCUGCCAUGGUGGCUGAAAGAAGCGGAGCAGAUUUAGGGGUGGGAUGGUCUCGUAACGAGGGUCUUCACUUGCUAAGCGGUACCUUAGUUCCAAAUGUUCACGGUGGGGACCAGGCUUUGUGUCGCUAUGCAAGGAGGGGAAUAAAGUGUCUGACCCUGAUGGGGGUGGAGGGGGAUGCAUUUGAUUCUCGGAGCACACGCACUGUGAACUGUUACCCGGUGUAACAACUUUCCUCUUAACAAAAUACAGAAAACAAAUACAUUCUAGUAAAUUAAAGAUAUUUUUACCUUGUA